AUAUAAGUGAAGUAGUAGAUGAUGAAAUAGUAAAUGAUGAAAUAAUUAAUAAUGAGGUAUUAGACAAGAUAUUAGAAAAUAAAAUAUUAGAAGAUGAUAUAUUGAAUAAUAAAAUAUUAGAUAGUAAUAAUUUAUUUAAUAUAAAAUUAGAUAAUAAACAAGAAGAAAAAGAAUCAUUAAAAAAUAGUUUGACAGAAGAUAUAGAUAUUCAUACUAAACAAAAUAAUAAAAGUCAAAAUUUACAAGAUAUUUUAUCAAAAAUAUUUGUAAAUACUGCAUUAGAAUACUACGAUAAAAUAGAAAAAGCUUAUUAUUUAGCAAAUUUUCUUCCUGUAUAUUUUAAUUAUAGUUCAUUAGAAUAUAUAAUAUCUAUACCUAAAGAUUAA